AUGAUUCGGUGUGCAUCCAAUUUCUGUCGUACUGGAAAUCUUGUAAACCAAAUUGCACGUUGCGCAUCAUCAACACCACCAACAGGGAAACGUGUUAAAACAUUCGAAAUAUAUCGUUACAAUCCGGAGAAGCCCGGAUCACAACCGCAGUUACAAAAAUAUGAUAUCGAUUUGGAUGAUUGUGGUGCGAUGAUUCUGGAUGCACUGAUUAAAAUUAAAAAUGAAAUCGAUCCAACUCUUACUUUUCGUCGUUCCUGUCGUGAAGGCAUUUGUGGCUCAUGUGCUAUGAAUAUCAAUGGUGAAAACACCUUAGCAUGCAUUUGUAAAAUUGAUGAAAAUACGAGCAAGAGCACUAAAAUCUAUCCGUUGCCACAUAUGUUUGUCAUUAAAGAUUUGGUCCCGGAUAUGAACUUGUUUUACGCACAGUACGCUUCGAUUGAACCAUGGCUGAAGAAGAAAAACAAAUUGGUACUUGGCGAGAAGCAAAUGUUCCAAACAGAGAAAGAACGCGAGAAACUGAAUGGAUUAUAUGAAUGCAUUCUUUGUGCUUGCUGCAGCACGAGCUGUCCGUCGUAUUGGUGGAAUGCUGACAAGUAUCUGGGACCAGCUAUUCUUCUGCAGUCUUAUAGAUGGAUGAUUGAUUCGAGAGAUGAUUAUGCUGAAGAGCGACUGUCGAAAAUACACGAUCAUUUCAGUGUUUUCAAAUGUCACACUAUCCUGAACUGCACAAAAACUUGUCCGAAGCAUUUGAAUCCAGCAAAAGCAAUUGGAGAAAUCAAGAAACUCCUUACUGGUUUCGAUAAAAAACCAGCUCCUGUAGCUGCACCAGCCAAUUUCUAA